CAAAGGAGUAAGUUCACCAUGGUUCAUUAGAUGCAGCAGCUUCACACACUCUCUGAUCCUCACAUCUCCAGACUUUUGGUCAGAGCAGCAAACUGGCACAAAAGUUUUGCAAAGUUGAAGUUUAAAAAAUUCAGUUUUUAUUAUCUGGAGUUAGGUUCACAGCAAACCUUUACUUUUAAAAAAAACUUUAGUUUAUUUGUUCAGUGAAUGAGAAUAAAUGAUGCAUGUUGAUGCAGACAUACAUACAUAUAUAUACACAAUUUUCUUUCAUCAUCAUAAACAGACAACCAAAAUCCUCAUUCAAGGGAGUAGAGUUCAUUUUUGCGGGGUUGGGGUUGAGGCUUGCUCAAUUCCUUACAGCUAAGGCAGAUAUUUCAACUGACUCUCCUCUGUUCACAAAGCUGCACCAUUAACUGCUGCUAAUGAUAAUGAUGAUUAAUUUUUUUGCACAAAAGCAACCUUCUGCAAAGACUUUAUCUGUGAAACUCCUUCAUCCCUGCUUUUAAACCACAGCUAACAUUCAGCUCCAGCUGUCACUUACCUUUAAAAGCCCUCAGUCUGGAGAACGACUCCUGCUCUCACCAGUGUGUGCUGGUGAUUAGUGUCAACCGGACUAAUUACUGUCAAACUUCCUGGACCAGGUCUUGGCCUGAGGAAAGCACACGGUCUGUUCCUGCUGCGGCUCAUAAAACGAGGGAGAAAACUCGGGUCUAUAAAUUUUUACUCCUAAGAAAACAUAACCAUCACGUCAGUAGUCGAAUGUGAAGCAAAAAUAUUGCAAAUUAGUCUCAAACUCAUCGUUUGAAUAAUAUGCUUAUUUCCUUAUCAGCUGUAGUCCACGUAGUGAUUGGACCAAGUUUCUACACCCAAUGCAAUCCUAACACAAAAAGCUACUUGAGCCCAAAACCUUAAAAAUAAUCCGACCUGCUCUGCUACACUUCUGCUGAAUAUGAACUCCUUUUACCUUUGAGAAUUUGGAGUUGUUUGCAUCUUAAGCCACUAGAGGGCAGUCGACACUAACAUGUGACGUUUAAUGUGUUUCAGAGGAGAGCAGCUGGUGCUGUGAUGUUGACAUCUCCAUGUGAUGAGCAGAGACUCAUUAGUGUGAUUGUCUGACACCCCUGUAGGCCGUCAGUCUAUUUUUAGAUCAGUGUCUCUAGAUCUUUGGUUGAUUUCAGUUCUUCAUUUUCACCUGUGUCCAACAUAGACGUUACUGAGAGACCACCCUGUGGUUGGCUACUCCACCUUUUUUUUUGGUUCACUGCUGGGAUUGGCUCUAACUCCACCCUGUAGAGGAUUACACAGUGGAAAAUGAACAAAUGGAUUACUGAAUUUCUAGCAGUAAAGAAGUAAAAUCCGGCUCCUCAGUCAGACCUUUCUGGACUGGAUCAAAACACCUUGGUCCUCUGUGGUUCUCUCAUGUGGUUCUCUCAUGUAGAAUCUCAAGGUCCUACAACAGGAUGUCCCUGGUCUCUGUAACUCUGCAGAACCAACAGUCGCAGUUUGCAGUUCACUCUGUUGUCCAAGGUCACAUCAGCAUGAAGUGGAUCCUAUGAACAGAACAGGGGUCUCUUGUGCUCCCAGCUCAUCACUGUGACUGUCAGUAAACAGGUCGGAGAGAAAAAGUGACCACAGUACCAGUGUCAUCCUGCUCUGCCUUCACUCUGAAUCUACACAGGCUCCAGUAUGUGCAGUGGAUCAUGCCCAGGGAUCCUAAGUUCUCAACGGACCACUGGAGAGAAUCAGGUGGAGCACUGACAAUUGCUUCCUGGCAUUAAUGUGCUGUUUGUAAGUGCUAGAGUGACACAGUGUGUGUGUACAAAGCAGCUGGAGGUGGAGAAGUCCUGAAGAUGAGGAAGAGGCCUGUACUUUACUGAAUAGUGAUUGGCUGUUGCUAUAACAACAUGGGCGGACCGAAGUGAGCGACGGUGAGGGGGCGGGGCCAGUGACUGAUUAUAAAAGCCUUCAGAUCAACAGUCUCUCCUCUCCUGAGCUGUUCUUCUUCUCCUUCACUUGUCUCUCUGGUCAGUGAGGAGGCUCACAGAGCUGCAGGAGGACACGAGGAGCGUGAGCUGUCAGAAGGUGGACUCUUCUCCAUUUUCCUCAUCUCUUUGCACAGCUGUCUGCUUCUCACUGUGCACGAUCUGUCUGUGGAUUAACGUGUGUGUAUGUGUGUGUGAGGAGAAGAAGAAGAAGAGGAGGAGGAGGAGGAGGUACCAGCCAAGAUCAGACAGAGACACAGAGAGAGGAGCGUGCAUCCCUCCUUCUGAUCUACCUCAUCUGUCAGUGGAUGACCUCUGCUUCUGUUGUCUGCUUCCUAGCAUCAUGAACAAGAUGAAGAACUUUAAAAGGCGCUUCUCUCUGUCUGUUCCUCGCACUGAGACCAUUGAUGAGAACGAGUUCACCGAGCAGAUCAACCACUUCAACAGUCAACACGCUCACGGUCUGACCCCAGACAGACUGGGCCCUCCAUCUCAUGAUACCAGUCCAGUAAGCCCUGAAGCAACUACACCUGCAGCCGAGUCUCCGUCUCACCUACACUUCAGUAGCAAAGCCCAGCACAGACGUUUCUCAAUGGAGGAUGUCAGUAAGCGCAUGUCUUUGCCCAUGGACAUCCGUCUGCCUCCAGAGUUUCUCCAGAAACUGCAGCUGGAGAAUGAAAACUCACCUCUCUGCAAACCUCUCAGUCGAAUGUCCCGUCGUGCAUCACUGUCUGACAUUGGCUUUGGGAAACUGGAGACAUAUGUGAAGCUUGGGAAACUUGGUGAGGGGACAUACGCCACAGUUUUCAAAGGGCGCAGUAAACUGACAGAGAACCUGGUGGCACUGAAGGAGAUCCGACUGGAGCACGAGGAGGGAGCACCGUGCACAGCAAUCAGAGAGGUGUCUCUGCUGAAGAACCUGAAGCACGCCAACAUUGUGACGCUACAUGACAUCAUCCACACCGACCGCUGCCUCACUCUAGUGUUCGAGUAUCUCGACAGUGACCUCAAACAGUACCUGGAUAACUGUGGGAAUCUCAUGAGCAUGCACAACGUGAAGAUCUUCAUGUUCCAGCUUCUCCGGGGUCUGUCCUACUGCCACAAGAGGAAAAUCCUCCACAGAGACCUGAAGCCCCAGAACCUGCUCAUCAAUGACAAAGGAGAACUGAAGCUGGCUGACUUUGGCCUUGCCAGAGCAAAGUCCGUCCCCACGAAGACCUACUCCAAUGAGGUGGUGACCCUAUGGUACAGACCCCCUGACGUCCUGCUGGGCUCCACAGAAUAUUCCACACCCAUCGACAUGUGGGGUGUGGGCUGCAUCCUGUAUGAGAUGGCCACAGGUCGUCCCAUGUUUCCUGGUGCCACGGUGAAGGAGGAGCUGCACCUCAUUUUUAGACUCAUAGGCACGCCCACAGAGGACAGCUGGCCUGGGAUCAGCACUCAUGAGGAGUUUAGGUCGUACCUCUUUCCUCAGUACAGACCUCAGGCUCUGAUCAACCAUGUGCCCAGGUUGGACACAGAGGGCAUUGACCUGCUCUCUGCUCUGCUGCUGUACGACACCAGGAGCAGAACUUCAUCUGAAGGCGCUCUUCGACACCAGUACUUCCAAACUCUGGGGGAGAACAUUCACAAUUUGGCAGACACUGCGUCUGUGUUUUCCCUCAGAGAGGUGCAGCUCCAGAAGGACCCGGGUCACCGCAGCUCCUUGUUCCAGCCUUUGACUCGAGGAAAGAACCGAAGGCAAAGUAUCUUCUGAACUUCCUGUAAUGAAAGAGAGAGCGACAGAGCGAGAGAGAGAGAGAGAGAGAGAUACUAACACUCAUCAGCACACUCCACGGUCACAGUCAUUCAUGGACACAUCUGACCAAUCAAAUAUUCUGAUCAUAUGGACAUUCCUGCACACACACACACACACACACACACACACACAGAGCGAGAGGACGACUGUAUCUUGGUCCAUUCAGACUAAUGGACCAGAACACAGUUGGUGUCCAAACACACAUUAGACAGUAGUGUUUAUAAGAAACUGGUGAGACUCUUAUACAGCUGUGAGGUCCAGUCCUGCCCACAGAUGCUGGGGCCACAGGGAGUUUUAAAGGGGCUUGACAUAAAUCACAGUUUGUGGGAAAAUGGUUCUACUGUGGGUCAACAGACCAACUGUUAGUCUUAUUUUACCUGCAAAUGAAAUCAUGAGCAGUUUAAGCCACUCCACCACGGGCUUCUCUGGAUUAUUUUAGGAAUUAUGACAGAGGAAAAAAAACAAUCUACAUUAGUGGUUCUCAAACUCACCUACGUAUAUCACUGAGGGUACUCGGGCUCCUCCUGGUGGUAGUUGGGGGGAUUUUUUUAAAUUAUGUUGGGAAAAUCAUAAAUCUACUUAAUACGAGGGCCCCAAAAAACAAUGCAAACGGUUAGUGUCCAGGAGAAAAUUGCGAAUCAGGAGCCAGUCUACGUGUGUUUACUUCAGGACUGAAUGGAAGCACCUGUACUCAGUAUUACUCUACUGUACGGUGUGUCUUUGUCCGACAUGUACACCGUCUGAUAGUUUGCCAGAGCAAAGUCUGAAAGUCUGAUAGUAACAAAUUCUCUUCUUGCACAUACUGGUGGUACUGGGGGAGACAGGUAAAAAGCACUUUUAGAACCACUGGUGAUGAGGACUACCAGUUGUACAGGAAGCAGCAUCAGUUUCUUAUAAACCAACAGAUUAUUGAGCCCAGGUCUGUCUAAUGAGUGUUAAUAUGUUUAUUGUUGUCGGGGUAAAUACUGUCAGUCUGUCUGUGUGUAGGAGACACCACUAACAACUAUGUAGCCUGAAGGUCAUUUUAUUUUUUUAUUUAU